CUAACUAUAUCUGAAAAAAUAUCACACUAUACAUUUUUUUCUUAAAAUUAACUGCGCAUGCGCGAGUCUGCCUUUCGCUACUUGUAUAAUUUUAUAUUCAUAAUAAAGAGAUUUGAUAUAUUAUUCCAAAUUUAAAAAUGGCAACACUCGCACGAACAUUGCGACCAGCUUUCCGGUGUCUCCGGAGCCAGGCCAGAUCUUACGCCGAGGCAUCUGGAAAUGAUAUGAAAUUCACAUUUGCUGGCGCUAACCAAGUUUUUUACGACAAUGUAAGUGUUCGCCAAGUCGACGUACCUUCAUUCUCCGGGUCAUUCGGUAUUCUGCCAAAACACGUUCCCACCUUGGCAGUUCUAAAACCCGGAGUAGUAACAGUUUAUCAAGACGAUGGUACAACUAAAAAAGUAUUCGUGUCUUCUGGAACUGUUACCAUUAAUGAAGACGCCAGUGUUCAAAUUCUAGCUGAAGAAGCGCAUCCCGUAGAGAACCUCGACAACUCAGCAGCUCGUGAUAUCCUCAGCAAAGCUCAGAGCCAAUUGAAUUCAGCUUCAUCAGAGCAAGACAAAGCUGAGGCUGCUAUCGCUAUUGAGGUUGCUGAAGCUUUAGUUCAAGCAUCUUCUUAAAUUCUCAGCAAAUUUAACAUCUAAAUUUUACCAUGCCAUUGAUUUAUUAAUUCAUUAAUUAAUUUUAAUUAAUGAUUCACAUUAACUUGAAAUUUAUCUAUACAGUUAUAUACUGUCGAUCAACAUUAGAAAUAGCGAUGUUAAUAAACAUCAUUGUAAUGGCUCAUCGUUGUUAAUCUGUAAAAUACAAUAAUAGAAAAAAAAAGUUAAAUUUAA